CAUUAAAAGCUAUUUAAUUAAUUAAUUAAUUAAUUAAUUAAUGUUUCAUUGGUUUAAUUAUUUGGUUUGUAGCUAGCUGCCAUUAUAUUAAUUAUUACGUACUCUCUUAAAUAUUUCAUCAAGACCGGAUGAAGGCUUGCUUGCUUAGCUUAUGUAUAUGUUUGGAGGUAGGUAAUUAAUUAUAUACAUCAAUCAAGAUCGAGCUAGCUAGCCAGGCAUGAUGAUAAGGGUCUCAGAUCCGAUGGGAAGCGGCCUGAAUGUGGAGAAGAAAUGGGUGUUGCCGCUAGCCAUCAGCUCAAUCAUUGGUUUGAUUGUUGUAAUAAACUUGUUCAACAUGGGAAUGCUUUCUUCAAACGGCCACAAAACCAACACGAUAUUCUCAAUCUUCCCGUCCCGCGUAUCGACGUCCUCUGCUGCAGGCAGCAGCAGCGGAACAAGGGCGCGGGAUGAUGGGAAGGAGCAAGCAAGAGGAGGUUCGGGCGCGGGGAUCCCGCGUUUCGCGUACUUGAUAUCUGCUUCCAAGGGGGAUCUGGAGAAGCUGUGGAGGGUGUUGCAUACGUUGUACCAUCCCAGGAAUUACUAUAUCAUCCAUCUGGACUUGGAAUCGUCGGUGGAGGAGAGGUUGGAGCUGGCCUCCAGAGUGGAGAAGGAGGGCGUUUUUGUGGAGGUUGGGAACGUGCAUAUGAUCACUAAAGCUAACAUGGUAACUUAUAGAGGGCCCACCAUGGUCAGUAAUACCCUCCAUGCCGGUGCUGUCCUUCUCAAGAGAUUCAAGGACUGGGAUUGGUUUAUCAAUCUCAGUGCCUCAGAUUAUCCCCUUGUCACUCAAGAUGAUCUGCUGGAUGUGUUUUCGGAUGUAAAGAGAGAGUACAACUUCAUAGAGCACACAAGUGAGCUAGGGUGGAAAGAGGUAGGAAGGGGGACGCCGUUGAUGAUAGAUCCAGGGCUGUACAAGAAUACGAAAUCAGAGCUGUUCUGGGUGCAACCAAACAGAGGCUUACCCACAUCCUUCAGACUGUUCACAGGCUCGGCUUGGAUGGUGCAGUCACGUGCAUUCGUGGAGUACUGCAUCUGGGGGUGGGAAAACCUUCCAAGAACACUCCUGAUGUACUACACCAACUUCGUGUCGUCCCCGGAAGGUUACUUCCAGACGGUGAUCUGCAACGCCCCGCAGUUCGUGGCCACCGCCAUCAACCACGACAUGCACUUCAUCUCAUGGGACAACCCCCCGCGCCAACACCCCCGCACCCUCAACAUCAACGACACCGCCAACAUGAUCGCCAGCGGGGCCCCCUUCGCGCGCAAGUUCAGCCCCCAAGACCACCCUUUGCUGGAUAAGAUUGACAAGGAGCUGCUUGGGCGCACCACCAACGCCGCCGGCUACACCCCCGGAGGUUGGUGUGCCGGGGACCCUCCGUGCUCCAAGGUUGGCGACCCCACCAAACUUCUUCCCGGUCCAGGGGCCCACAGGCUGCGCCGUCUUGUAACUAAACUCCUUUUGUUAACCAAGUUUGGGAACCAACAGUGUCAUUAACGAACCUGCACACGCGCGCCAUCGAUCCAUCAAAUCAUUGCUUCAUCGAAUUGCUUGCCGCCCAUAUACUUUACUACGCUAGCUACGUGCCUACUCAAUUAUAUUAGCUAGUUUUUGUAGCUUAUAUAUACUACUACGUAUGUAUUAGCUAAUUAAUAGCUAGUGUGUUGUAAAUUAAACAUCACAACCUUUAAUUUUUGGCCUACACUUACCAAUAUAAUCGUGCUUUUAAAUUAUAAUAAUGUAAGUGAAUUUCACAAGGAGACAUAAAUAGUUUCU